AGCUGUGGAAGAACAGAGAGAACGAAAUAAGGUCACUCAGAGCUGUGGAUGAAGAGACAAGGAAAUGAGGAAUAAGGGUUUUAUCACUUCUUUUUUGAUCACUCUCAUUAAUUUUUCUCGAGCUGUAGAAGAACAGAGAAAAGGAAAGAAUGAAUAAGGGAUUUAAGCACUUCUCUCAUUAAUUUUACUCGAGCUGUGGAAGAGCAGAGAAAAGGAAAUAAGGAAUAAGGGUUUUAAUCAUUUCUCUGCUUCACUGGGUUGUCUAUUACCAGCUUCUGGGUUACUCAAGAACAAUGAAAUCCAUAGUAUUUAUGCACUCCUAUACACUUUUAUAGAGUGGAGUUACUCAACAAUGGUCUCACUACCGUCAAAAAAUAUAUGGAUGCGGCGCCAACAAUGCCCAUGUGGGGAUUGGAAAUGUUUUGUUAGCUAUGAAGGAGAGGUGGAAGAGACAAAUAUAGGAUGUCAAUUGAUGAAAAAUGAUUUGGCAUCAGCAGACGCUAUGGUUGCCCCUUACGUGGGAAUGGUAUUCAAAAGUGACGAUGAUGCAUUUGAAUAUUAUGCCAAUUUUGCUAGAAAGAAUGGGUUUUCAAUCAGGAAAGAGCGGUCAAGGUUGAGCCCACAAUUGGGUAUUUAUAAACGAGACUUUGUUUGUUACCGUUCUGGUUUUGCACCAACAAGAAAAAAGCCUACUGGAGAGCACCAUAGGGAUAGGAAGUCGGUAAGGUGUGGAUGUGAUGCGAAAAUGUAUUUGUCAAAGGAGGUUAUUGAUGGUGUUUCUCAAUGGUUUGUUGUACAAUUCAGUAAUGUGCACAAUCAUGAACUCCUGGAAGAUGACCAAGUGCGGCUCCUUCCUGCGUACCGCAAAAUUCAUGAGGCUGAUCAAGAGCGCAUUCUGUUGCUUUCCAAGGCUGGUUUUCCCAUACAUCGUAUAGUUAAGGUGCUUGAGUUGGAAAAGGGAAUACAAGGUGGACAGUUGCCCUUUCUUGAAAGGGAUGUCAGGAACUUUGUUCAAAACCGUAAGAAAGUUGUUCAAGAAAAUGAUGCUUUACUGACUGAGAAAAGAGAAAACGAUACAAUAGAUCUUCUUGAGGCCUGUAGGGCUACGAAAGAGACGGAUGCAUGCUUUGUUUAUGAUGUUACUGUGGAUGAGAAUGAUAAAAUUGAGAACAUUGCUUGGUCAUAUGGAGACUCUAUUCAAGCAUACAACAUGUUUGGUGAUGUAGUUUAUUUCGACACAACAUAUCGUUCAAUCACCUAUGGUAUGCUUUUUGGAGCAUGGCUUGGCAUUGACAACAAUGGCAAAAUCCUCUUCUUUGGUUGUGCUCUGUUGCAGGAUGAAACACCUCGUUCCUUUGCGUGGGCUUUACAGGCUUUUCUGCAUUUUAUGAAAGGAAGAUGUCCGCAAACAAUUAUAUCUGAUCUUGACCCUGGGCUUAUAGAUGCUAUAAGAAGGGAAUUACCAAACACUAAACAUGUUGUUUCUUUAUGGAGUAUUCUGCCAAAAAUGCCCUGCUGGUUUUCUCUUCCACUUGGACCGAGGUUUGCAGAAUUCAAAUCUGAGUUUGAAGCAUUAUAUCAUUUGGAGAAUAGGGAGGAUUUUGAAUUCCGAUGGAAUCAGAUGGUUUCCCAAUUUGGACUUAAUUCAGAUAAACACAUUGCUUUAGUCUUCUCCCUGCGGACAUCUUGGGCUUUAUCCUACAUCCGAGGCUGCUUUCUUGCUCACAUGUCAACGACAUCAUAUUCUAAAUCUGUAGAUGCAUUUUUGAAAGGGGCCUUCAAGGCACAAGCAUGUUUGCGUAGCUUUUUUGAGCAGGUGGGUGUUUGUUUAAAUUCUAAAACGCGGGCUCCUGAAGGAAUGCAGUACAUGCAUGUCAGAACAUGUUUACCAAUUGAAGAGCAUGCACGGAAUAUUCUUUCUCCAUUCGCCUUCAAUGCAUUCCAGCAUGAGUUGGUCUUAGCAAUGCAUUAUGCUACAUCUGAAAUGGUUAAUGGAUCAUAUCUUGUACGCCACUUCAAGAAGAUGGAUGCAGAACGCCUGGUUUUAUGGAUACCAGAAGAAGAAGAAGUUCACUGUUCCUGCAAGGAAUUUGAGUCUUCAGGAAUCUUAUGCAGACAUGCUCUUCGUGUACUUCUAGUAAAGAACUACUUUCAACUCCCUGAAAAGUACUGUUUGAGUCGAUGGCGGCGAGAAAGCUCACUAGUUUCAUAUGAUAAUCACAGUAAUCAAAAUGGAAAUGAUGAAUGGUUUCAAGAAAUUCAUUCCCUCACUGCAACUCUGCUGUCUGAGUCGUUGUUCACAAAGGAACGCUCUAAUUAUGUUCAUACAGAACUUACAAAAGAAAUGACAAGACUGAUUAAUGAGGUGAGGGAUAUGCCAGCUGCUGAUGGAACCACUAUGGAUUCAACACUUUCACCAACUAGUUGAUUUUUCGAGUAAUCCUGCUCCCCAUGUGUCACAUGCAAUAAGCGGAGUCUUGUGUUGAUAGACAUGAGGGCAGCUGAAAGAGAGCAUGACACAGGGAGAUAAAGAGCCAAAAGGAUGGGGCUUUCUUCAUGUAAUUUCGUGACAUCAGAUAAGGACUUGAGGAAUUUUGCUGAAUAUUCUGUUCCAUUGCUGGUGAAGGUUGUGUUUUCAUGGAUAAUAAUUUCCGGAGGCUGUAAAGAAAAUGAAGGACAAAGUCAAUUAAUUGAGGUGGUGUAAUGGGUAUAAUUUCAUAAGUGGGAUUCUAAAGAAGGAAGAGGAGUAUAUUUAUCUUCAUUGGCCAAUUUUUUCCUUUACUGGCAAAAGUUUCUUUGUUUUGAGUAAAAUGUUGGCUUGAUUUUGAAACGUAAAGGAAGGGUUGACACGGAUUUUUGUUUUCGUUGGCCCCCUGAAACUUGAUCAAUGCCUUCUUUCAAUUUCAGUUCCGUGCGCAAAUCGUCUGUAAUUGAAGAAGUCAAAGUAAGUCAUGUUGUUCUGGAUACUGUUCUGUUAGAAAAGGAAAAAAUGAGUGGAUGCUUCCAAUUAGUGGCAUGAGUGUUAAAAAAAAUCAUGCUAUUUGCUAAUGCUCGGUUGGAAAACUAUCAAAGACCUUUCAGUUUCAGUGGUGAUGAGCUUUUAGGGUAGGUAUCCUGUUACAUAUUAUGUCCAUCUUUGGUCAGGGAAUUCUAUUUAUGCUUAGAGGUUAAGAGAGUGUUUUA